AUGGUAUCUAGUUUUGGCCGUACCUCGGAUCGGCCGUACCUAAGCUCCGCGCUACAGGAACUCCGCCUGCUGCAGCAGCAGCGCGUGCGCCUCAACCACCCCAGAAGUCCGUCUGCCACAGCAGCAGCGCAUGCGCCUCAACCCCACCGCCCCCUUCUUCCCCCCUUCCGCCCCCGCCCCCAAAUCUUUCCCCAUAACUUCCCCCCUUGCAGCUCCGCGCUAGAGAAAGUGCGUCUGCUGCAGCUGCAGCGCGUGCGCUGCAAGGGGAUAGCAGCAAAUGGGGCGCUCUGUGUAUACCCCCUUACCGCUCCCAACUCCUCUCCAUCUCUGCAGGUCCGCCCUAGAGGAAGUGCGCCUGCUGCAGCAGCAGCAGCGCGCGUGGAGUGUCGCGUGUCCGCCCUAGAGGAAGUGCGCCUGCUGCAGCAGCAGCGUGUGCGUCUUAAGGGGAUAGCAGCUGACGGGGCGCUCACAGGCGCAGAAGGGGCGGAGGGGAAGGGGGGAGGCGCGGGGGCGCAGGGGGAGGCGGGGGAGGAAGGGGAAGGGGGCGAGGAGCUGGUUCUUCAAGACACGUUUGCACAGGAAACGGCGAUUACUGUAGAAGAUCCAAACAUGUACGUGAAGAAGGACGGGGAAGGAGGAGGAAGGGGAAGGGGGGAGAGACGGGGAAGUGGGGAGGAUGGGGAAGGGGGGGGAGACGGGGAAGUGGGGAGGAUGGGGAAUGGGGGGGAGACGGGGAAGUGGGGAGGAUGGGGAAUGGGGGGGAGACGGGGAAGUGGGGAGGAUGGGGAGGGGGGCGAGGAGUUGCUUUACAGGACACGCUUGCGCAGGCUCAAGUACAUAGAGGAGGAGCUGAGUUGGCCCCCAUGCCCUUCCCCCACACUCUCCCCCUUCCCCCUCAUUCUCCCCUUUUCCCCCUCAUCCCCCUCUUCCCCCGCUUUCCCCCCUUCUCUACCUCCACCCUGGCUCCCAGGCUCAAGCAUAUCGAAGAGGAACGGGCGAAGCAUCCCCCCCCCCAGGCUCAAGUACAUUGCUGAGGAGCUGGCAAAGCGCCGAGGGGGAGGGGCGGGGGCAGCGGCAAAGCAGAGAGGAAGUGCUUCUUACAUGCCCGCUGGCUGCCCCAUGCUGUGA